CGGCGCCCCGGCGGUGCCGGGAGAGCCGGAGAGCCCGCCGGCCAGCGGACGGGACGCCCCGCCCGCCGCGGACGGCAGGCCGGGGGCCCCCCAGCGGCACAGGGUCUGGGCCAAGCUGACGAUGGUGGCGGCGUCGUCCAUUGCGCUGGCCCUCGCGGGGGUCCUGAUCUCGCUGUCCGUGGUGUCCAGCAUCCAGAAGCACAUCGACUGGUUCCCGAACACGAUCUGGUUCCACCGCGAGGAGCGGCCCCCGGCCCUCGUGGUCGACCACCUGGUGUCGCGGAUGCGCCUGGAGAUCGGCCAGGGGCCGAACGCCAGCUCGAGGCCCUCGGGCGCGACGGGGGGCGUCUCGUAUGCCGCGUGCGGGCACCUCUGGCACGGCCUCAGCGUCCUGGACUACUCGCUGCUCUCCCUCGCGAGCUACUUCGACGCCGCGGACCCGAGCCUGCCGCCGCUGCUGGAGAGCAUGUUCCCGCCCGGGCACGGGCUCAGCGGCCGCCUGCGCCCCAGCGGCCCCCCCGAGCGCCCCGCCGUCGGCCGGGGCGAGAGCCGCCUCAGGUGGCUGGAGGUGGAGAUGCGGGCGCCCGGGCUGGAGAAGCCAGUGCUCGUCAUCGCGAUCCGGGGCACGGAUCCGAUCCGCGCCAGCGACUACGUGGAGGACAUCCGGAUGUGGACGGAGCCAGUGUGCAUUAGCAUCCUUUCCACCAUCUUCCCCACGGUGCGCGCGUGGCCGCGUCAGACGGCCGAGGCGGUCAUCAAGGGUAUCCACGAGAUGCUGGACUCGCUGGGGCUCCCCGACGACAAGUGGAGCUACACCGAGCUGGUGCACCGCGUGCGGCGGAUCCCGAGAGAGCCCUAUUCGCAGGUCGUCCUCACGGGGCACAGCCUGGGGGGUGGGACGGCCACCGUGGUCGCCGCCCUCACCCAGCUGCCGGUGGUGGGGAUCACGCCGCCGGGGAUCUACUGGAGCCUGGCGAAGCACAAUUAUUUUUUUGGGCGGAACGGCACGGACGCACCUCUCGGCGCCAGGAGAGACGCUGGCAUCUCGAACUGGAUGCACCACCAGUCUCUCACGCUGGUCGUGGAGAACGACUGGGUGAACGGCAUCUUUGACGACCACGGGGGUCUCGUGCAGAUGAUGACGUGCGACCGCAGCGAGGAGUCCCUCCAGCUCGGCUGCCACAUGCUGGAGGGCACGAUCUGCCACCUGCUGUCUAGCUGCGGCGACGUCCACGGCCGCUUCACGGCCUGCUCGCACGAGUUCCUGACCGACAUGAACGACCAGGGGCAGAGCACCUCGGUGCGCCACUUGCUGGAGGUGCUGGGGGAGGUCCUGUCCGAGCACCAGAAGCCCCGCCUGGCGGCCCUCGCGGCGUGGAUCGAGAGGCCGCAGCUGCCAGACCUGGGCAUCCCCAAGGGCAAGGUGCUGCUGCUCCUGGGGUUCCUGGUGCUCCUGCUGGCCAUCGGGGGCGCCACGGAGGAGCUGCUGCUGCUCUGAGCCUCGCCUGGCGGGCCUUGCGGCGUCGAUCGGGUGGCCGCGGCGGGCCGACCUGAGGGACAUCCAGUGGCCCUCUUUCUCCGAGGCAUCUGAUGGGCAUCCCCUGCGGCGAGUGGUUGACGCAAAUCUUAUUGAAUGUAUCGCGUAGCUCCACGGUGCAUUUUCAGCGUAUCUUGUCUGGCCUCUCCAACCUGCAUACCUGGCGCUGGUUCUCGGGCAAACUCGCGACACAGACGGUGACACCAUUGGAUUGCAGCCGCUUCCAGCUCCUUCCGACACUUCAGCCGGGCAGGUGGCAGAUGUUUCGGUGCCGUUGCGGCCCGAGAAGAGGACAGAAGAGUUGUGGUUAGCCUCGCUGGGUGCUGCGCCAAGGAAUGCCGCAGAUGACGUGUUGAAGCUCGCGGCGUUGAGCGCCAAACUGGAGAGUCCCCAUUCCGAAGCGGGUUUCGGAAGUUCUUUUCGACGGUGGGGUGAUACCGCAGGACUGCAACCGCUCCGAGCCUCGGUCGACACUUCCGCUGUGCAGGCGGCAGCUGUGCCGGCGCCGCUGCGGCUGGAGAAGCGGAGCGAAGAGCACGGGCCAACCUCGCUGGGCACUGCGCCGUUGCGCGUCUUGGAUUACACCGUCGUCGAGCGCCAAGCUGGAGGGUCUUCAUUCUUGGCACCGAAUCCUCAUCCAGAGGCUAUUUUCGGAGGUGCCUUACCCUGGUGGGUACGCCUCUUGCUGGCAAAAUUUCUGUCAUGACUGCAGGGAUCUUGACCUGCUUUUGGCCUGCUGGUCCGCGCCCUCGCGCGGCAGACGCUCCCUGACGCAGCUCGAGGAGGUGUCGCGUUCGAGUCGGCUGGCAACGGGUGGGUGCGGCAUGACAUCGUUCAGUAGUUGCAGGGAUGGCUCAGACUGUCGCCGCGAUGCUUCGAACGCUGACACUGGCGCUUCUCAAGUCCAGGCUGACGCUUCGAGCGCUGACGCGGAAAUUGACGCUUGGUCCACUCCAGCCUGUUGCUCUUCCGUCCAUUUUCCUCCUUGUGAACAGAAGUUUCCCGCCGCAAUCUGUGAUCAGUUCCUCCAGCAAAGGGGGUGUUUGAUAGGCACUGUUGGGCGACCGAGAUACCCACUUAGAGCCCCUGGCUGGGGAAGCCGAGUCCAAACUCUUCACGCAGCCACUCCGCUCGCUGCCGCAGUUACCAGGACAAAGCGCACGAAUGCAGCCAUGAGC